CUGCAUGUCUGGUGCAGCGAUUCUGGCCAGGAAGGAGACACACAUUUAUUCAUUUGUCCUUUAAAUGUAUUCUGUUCUUUCUUUGUGGUAUUGGAUUACACGGUUUGAACUUCGAGGACACCACCAGCCACUCUCAUGUCGUUCAUCAGAAGAUGAACGAAGUGGGGAUUGAGGACUCAAGAACACCUUCAAGCCUUCCAAGGCCGUGUAGAGAGCCCAGGUGAAGCCCUCGUAUGAGCUGAGCGUCCCCCCACACCCUCUCACCCCCCCUCAGCGGCGGCAGCUGCAGGACUAAGGGAUGUCACAGGCCUUCCUACUUUUGACCCUGCUCACACUCUCCUCCAGCAUCCAGGUGUCUCCUGCUAGACAGUUGAAAAUCUUACUGGAGAAAUGGACCACGUAUCAGGACCAGUGCAUCCAGAACAUCAGCAGACACCCUCCAGUCACCGGUGUUGUGUGCAACAGAACCUUUGACAGGUAUGCCUGCUGGCCGGACGGAGUGCCCAACACCACUGUGAGUGUGGCCUGCCCCUGGUACUUGCCCUGGUACUCAGACGUGCGGCAUGGCUUUGUGUACCGCGAGUGUGGUGCUGAUGGACAGUGGUUGCCGGACAAGAACACAAGCGAGUGUGAGCAAGAUGACCAGCACGGGGCCGAGAGGCACGGGAGGAUCCUCAGUAUGUUCCGGGCCAUGUACACCGUGGGCUACUCCUUGUCUCUGGGCGCCCUGGUGUUGGCAUUGGGGAUCCUCAUGGCUUUCAGGAAGCUUCACUGCACCAGGAACAACAUUCACAUGAACCUUUUUGCUUCCUUCAUCCUGAGAGCCAUGUCCAUCCUCAUCAAAGACGCGUUCAUCGAGAGGCCGUUCCUGCACUUCGGCCAGGACAUCAACACUGAUUACGACUGGCUGGUCACUAACGAGACGGCGGUUGGUUGUCGGGUUGCCGUGGUGAUGAUGCAGUACAGCAUCACGGCUAACAGCUAUUGGCUCCUGGUGGAGGGGAUCUACCUCCACAACCUACUGGUGGUCACGGUGCUCACUGAGAGGAACUACUUCGGUGUCUACCUGUGCAUCGGCUGGGGCAUCCCUCUGAUCUUCGUGUUUCCGUGGGUGAUUGUGAAGUACCUGUAUGAGAAUGAGGAGUGCUGGGAGCAGAAUAUAAACAUGGAGUACUGGUGGAUCAUACGGUCGCCCAUACUUCUCUCAGUGCUGAUUAACUUCUUCAUAUUCAUCCGCAUCAUUAAGAUCCUCGUAUCUAAACUGAGAGCACACCAAAUGAGAUAUUCAGACUACAAGUUUCGACUGGCUAAGUCCACUCUCACCCUCAUCCCCCUCCUUGGCAUCCAUCCAGUCCUGUUCUCUUUCGUCACCGACGAGUCUACCUCAGAUCGCGCCUUAGGACUGCGCCUCACCAAACUCUUCAUCGACCUCUUGUUCAGCUCCUUCCAGGGUCUCCUUGUGGCCAUUUUAUACUGCUUUGUCAACAAAGAGGUGCAGUCGGAGAUCCUGAAGAAGUGGAAACGCUGGAAGCUGGGCCGGAACAUCGAGGAGGAGUACCGGCACACGUACAGCCACACGGUGCACCUCCGCGGGGGCAGCCUGGUCACCCAGCCCUCCAUCUUGCCCCUGCACUACCCCGACGUGACCGCCACCACCACCACCACCACCACCAUCUCCACCUCUGCCACCAGCACCGGGCUGAUCGGCGGGCCCGAGGAGAAGCACGCGCUGGUGGGCUGCCAUAACGGCAUGGGCCGCUGGACGACGACUGGAGGAGGGACGCCGUCGCCCUUCGACCGCGCCGAGAGCGCGCUGCAGGACGAUAUCCUGCUGGUGGACAAGGCGCAGUGCCACGAGCCUCCACUAGGGAGCAGAGAGAGCAACCUCUGAGGGAAGGGAGAGGAGGAGGAGGAGGUGGGGGUGAGGGAGGAGAGAGGGAUGGUGGAGUGUGUUCUAGAAGUGGGAUGUGCAGGGUGUCCACCUGUUCCGCUCACUCGACGUUCACACAAGCACACCUCCAACUCCCUUCUAGCCCCACGGCAACCACGGGUGUGAGACUGGAGGAUUGAGCUAAGGGGUCGGACUAGGUGCCCCUGACACACAAGCAAGCGUGUUGAUGAGUGUGUGUGUGUGUGUGUGUGUGUGUGUGUGUGUGUGUGCGUGUGUGUGUGUAUGAGGGUGUGUGUUUGAGAGCACCGAGGAAGCUCUGCCAACUCCACGUCUUCACAGGAGGGACAGGGCCACUGGUGUCCAAUGAUAUCCGUCCAGUGUUAAUCCUUGCGUCCCAUGAUGCUACGUGCUCCAGACACUUCUGGUUUGUCCAGAAUAGACGCUUUCAGAAUCUGCUGCAUUUACCACACUCAUAAAUGCAGAAGCGGAAGAUUGAAAAAAUGUAAGCUGUAAAAUAAUUGACAGUAUCAAAGAAACUAAAUCUUAUGUGGUCAAAACAACAUGGUUGCAGCUAUAUAUAUAUAUAAAACUGUUAUAUUAGAUGUUUCAUCAACUUUGCUGUAGGAGUGAUUUUCAAAACAUGCAUCAACACUCAAAUUCAUACACCAAAACAGGGAAAAACAAACAACAAAGCAACAGUGGACGCUCUCAAAAGACCUGCCUGAAAAGAUCAUUUUUGAAUCGAUGGAUGGAUGGAUGGAGACAGGAUGGCAGUGGUGUUGAAUAGGCCAGAGGACUAACUUGUUCUACCUCUGGUCUCCGGUCCCCACCACCACCAUAGCCACUGUCACGCACACGCUUUUGGUGCUGAACUGAAACUGCACUGGACAGUGGACUGGACUGUCAGAUCUCCCCGGCAGCUGUUUUCUGUCGCCAUAGCAAAGAGUCCCCAGAAUGUUCUAAGUAUGUGUGUGUGUGUGUGUCCAGAGUGGCCGAACAAAUCAGUGUUAACACGUCGUCCCCUUUCCUUUUCUGUGAGGGAAAGCAUCCUUAUCCAUUGCCAUCACUUGAGGGGUUGGGGUGGG